UGUUUGAAAUCUGCUGCUGCGACACCCACGGGCACGGGCUGGCCUCUCGCUCGCAUCCACAUCGCCCGGCUGCUCUCUGGUUCCGAUCGCACUGCGGAUCUGCCCCCCCUCCAUCGAUCCACUCCCAUCGCUCCCUGUCAUCGAAUCCAGCAUGGCCUCCACGCAGCAACAGCAGCAGCCACAGCGGCCCGAGAUUGUCGGCCCCGAAUCGCCGGCCGAUCCCUUCCCGCUGAUGCUCAAGGGCGAUGUCGCUCGUGGCUUUGGCCGAGGUGGCAAGGAGCUCGGCAUCCCCACAGCCAACAUGCCCGAACCGGUGGCCGAAUCAGCCGGAAGCGCUCUCGACUCUGGUAUCUACUACGGAUGGUCGUCGAUUGGCGACAGCUCGGCGGUCUGGCCGAUGGUGAUGAGCUUUGGCUGGAACCCUUAUUACAAGAACGAGAAGCGCUCGAUGGAAGUCCAUAUCCUGAACAAGUUUGAAGCAGAUUUCUACGGCGAGGAGCUGAGGAUCAUCAUCACCGGCUUUAUUCGGCCCGAGAAGGACUACAGCUCGCUGGAUGCCCUCAUCGACGACAUCAACUUUGACAUCAAGGUCGCCCGAAACUCGCUGGGUCGCCCCGCAUACAACGCUUUAUCGGAGCACAGCUUCCUCGCCCCUUCCAACUGACAACCGACGCCAAGGAAUGCAUCUCAGGAUCGAGACGGCCCACGAUCGGACGGAAGGAGCCAGGGUUUCAUGUCGGUGCGGGGCUGAGGCGGCAUACAACUGAAUGCAAUUGCACUCUUGGAAUACACAGGUCCACACGGCGCUGUCCACUGCAU